UGUCUAUGGCCAUUUUCGCUGACUCAGUGGCAACCAACGUAACAGACUUCAUGGCCCCAUGGAGAAGGCGCUGGUCUACGAAACCAUAUAUUCUUGGUUGGUUCGAUCCCCGGAGAAGCCGUUUUAUUUUUCUUCCUUUUUUGUCAGAUAAAUCUUGGAUAUCCCUAGAAGGCAAAACAUAUAUAAGUCUUGUUUCCCAAGAAAAGAAGAAGAGGAGUCGUCCGAAUCUCGAAGUCCCAUUUUACUAACCCUAGCCUAGUGGUACUUGGUGGGUUUUCUAUCUUCUUCACUGGUGAAGUUAUUUGUAGAUUAGAUACUGGAGGAUAAUAUGAUGGGGCCUCGGCUAUAUGGUUGCUUUCAUUGCAGAAACAUUGUUUCGUGUCAUGAAGAUAUCAUGGCUAAGACUUUUGUGGGGGUUGGAGGACGAGCUUUUUUAUUUUCUCAUGCCAUGAACGUACUUGUUGGUACCAAAAGAGAUGCGAACUUGAUUACCGGACCACAUGUUAUUGCUGAUAUCUCUUGUUCCGACUGCAAAAAGGUUUUAGGAUGGAAGUAUGAAUUAGCAGUCCCUGAAUCACAAAAGUACAAGGAAGGAAAGUUUGUAUUUGUCAACAGAAACAUCGUCAAAGCCAAUUGGUAGCAUUAUCAAGGCAUGGCCAUUCGAGAAUUUAGUUGCUUAUUAUUCCGUUCGGA